CAGUUUCGGUCUUUCUUCCCUCCAGCCCGCCCGAUAAAAUGAUGCAUACACAGUGAAGAAGGCACUCUAUUUUGCUAAAGUUGCCAAACCUCCUCUCGUGCCGCUUGAUAGGGUGAUGAAUGCUCAUCUCCCAAUACCUCCACCACUUCAAGCUCUGCUCCAAACAUCCCUCCCCUCAGACAGCCAGGGCCCUCCAUGCCCGGCUCUUCAAGCUCGGCCUCUCCCACUCUCAACUCCUCCUCAACUGCCUUUUGGACGCCUACGGGAAAUGCGGCCACCUACAGGACGCCCUCAACAUGUUCGACCAAAUGCCCCACAGAGACCUCAUCUCCUGGGCCUCCUUCCUCACCGCUCUUAACCAGGCCAACCGCCCCAGACAGGCCCUCUCCGCCUUCCCCACCAUGCUUGUCCUCGAUGCCCUUCGCCCCGACAACUUCGUCCUCACAUGCCUUGUCAGGGCCUGUGCCGGCUCCUGCGAGCUCAGGAUGGGUAAGCAAGUGCACGCCCAAUUCUUGUUGUCGCGCUUUAACGAUGACGAUAUCGUGAAAUCAUCAUUGGUCGAUAUGUACGCCAAAUGUGGGGUUCCCAAUGACGCCAGAGCAGUUUUCGAUUCUAUUUCUGUCAAGAAUUCAAUCUCUUGGACUGCGGUGAUAUCUGGUUUUGCAAGGACUGGGCUAAAAUCCAAGGCUUUGGAGCUCUCUCAGGCAGCUCCCGUCAGAAACUUGUUCUCUUGGACAGCACUAAUUUCGGGGUUCGUUCAGAGUGGAAACAAUAUCGAUGCCGUCCAUCUGUUCAUUGAGAUGAGGAGAGAAGGCAUUGAUAUAGUCGAUCCAUUGGUCCUCUCAAGCAUAGUCGGGUCUUGUGCAAAUUUAGCCCUUCUGGAGCUCGGGAGGCAGGUCCACGCCAAUGUUAUUGCUCUUGGGUACAACUCAUGCUUGUUUAUAGCUAACGCCCUUGUGGACAUGUACGCAAAAUGUAGUGAUAUUAUCUCAGCAAAUGGCAUUUUCAGCAGGAUGCAGCUCCGGGAUGUGGUAUCUUGGACUUCGUUACUGAUAGGGUUUGCUCAACAUGGGCGAGCCAAAGAAGCACUUGCAUUGUUUGAUGAGAUGGUAUCUGAGGGAAUAAAGCCCAACGAAGUCACUUUUAUUGGUUUGAUUUAUGCCUGCAGUCAUGCAGGUCUAGUGGACCGAGGUCGUGAUCUCUUCAAGUCCAUGACUGAGGAAUUUGGUAUAAAGCCUUCACUGCAACAUUAUACUUGUUUCUUGGAUCUCAUGAGCCGUUCGGGCCACCUUGAUGAGGCCGAGAGAGUCAUACACGAUAUGCCUUUUCAAGCUGAUGAGCCUAUGUGGGCAGCAUUGCUAAGCGCUUGCAAGCAGCAUGGCAAGACGAAAAUGGCCAUUAGGAUUUCCGAUCGGAUACUAGACUCCAGGCCUGAAGAUCCAUCUACUUUCAUUCUCUUAUCAAACAUUUACGCUGCUGCUGGUUUGUGGGACAGUGUUGCUAAAGUGAGAAAGCUAAUGACAGCAAUGGAAGUUCGGAAGAAACCCGGGUUUAGUCGCAUUGAUAUUGGAAAAGAGAACCAAGUAUUUUAUGCAGGGGAGACAAACCAUCCCAUGAAAGAUGAGAUUCUUGUGCUGCUUAAGGAGUUGGAAUCGGAGAUGAGGAGAAGGGGUUAUGUUCCAGAUACAAGAGGCGUGUUACAUGACAUGGAGCAGCAGGAGAAGGAAAGGCUGCUCUUCUGGCAUAGUGAGAGGUUAGCUGUGGCUUACGGGCUAAUUAAAACGGUUCCAGGGUCGGUUAUAAGGAUAGUAAAAAAUCUGCGGGUGUGUGUCGAUUGCCACACAGUUCUGAAAUUUGUCAGUGAUAUUGUUAAAAGAGAGAUUGUUGUUCGAGAUGCAACGAGGUAUCACCAUUUCAAGGAUGGGACAUGUUCGUGCAACGACUUCUGGUGAUAUGGCCAGGGAUUGUUGCGUACUGUUCUGGCAGAAAUUCUUGGACUACUUCAAUGUUCUGUGUGAUAUUUUGAUUUAAGUUAUCAGGGCCAGGGGAGCUAUAAAUGUGUUUAGGGUUCAAGGUCAUCUGUUUAAGAGCCACUGCAACUUUACCAGCAUUCCUAUAGGGUUGUGCGCAUUCCCAACAAAUUGAAUGUUCUGCAUGUUUAAGUAAAUUGCUUUAGUUUCAUAUCAUUUUCCUUUUAUGCAUGCAAGCUGGAUAUGCCUUGACUCGAAUGUUAAGGAAGAGCUGAAGGGAUUCAUUUACCCUGCUUCUAAUUUCUUUCUUCCUGAUUAUCAGUUCAUAGAGUGUUUUGCCCAGAAAGGCUCUAAGAGGGUGUAAAGCAUUUUUGAGAAUUUAUGUUCAUGAGAUGUCUUCUAUUGACUCUAACAAGCCACAUAUUAUAUAUAUUUUCCUCGGGUUCUGUUUCAUGCGUUCA